AUGAAUUGGUCUCCUCCAACGUAUCCUCUAUACAAGACUAAUGUGGAUGGUGUUGUUUUCUCAACUCAAAAAGCUGCCAGUGUAGGUGUAAUAGUUCGUGACCAUGAGGGGAGGUUCAUUGUUGGUUUAAGUAAGAAGAUCCAUGAUCCUUUGGGAGCUAUUGUAGCUGAAGCUAAGGCAUUUGAAGUUGGCAUUAUUUUUGCAAAGGAAGUGGGUAUUAAAGAAUCUAUGUUGGAAGGUGAUUCCAUCAUCAUUGUACAAGCUUUGAAGGAAUGUUCACAUGCUCCAUUGUCUGUAGUACCUUUGAUUUAUGGGAUGUUAGCUAAAUUUCAUGAGUUUCAAAAUGUUGCUUUCUCUCAUUUUUGA